UCCCUACUCCCUGUCGCUAUGAAAUCAGCUGAAGACCAGGUGGUGGAGGAUGAAGUGGCCUUCCAGGACGACGAGGAGUCGUUUUUCCAGGACAUCGAUCUCCUGCAGAAACAUGGAAUUAACGUGGCUGACAUCAAGAAGCUGAAGACUGUGGGGAUCUGCACUGUCAAGGGCAUCCAGAUGACAACGCGCCGCACUCUGUGCAACAUCAAGGGGCUGUCCGAGGCCAAAGUGGACAAGAUCAAAGAGGCAGCCAACAAGCUGGUGGAGCCGGGGUUUCUGACAGCCUUCGAGUACAGUGAGAAGAGGAAGACAGUGUUUCACAUCUCCACAGGAAGCCAGGAGUUUGACAAACUGUUAGGAGGGGGAGUUGAGAGCAUGGCCAUCACUGAGGCAUUUGGAGAAUUCCGGACGGGAAAGACGCAGCUCUCCCACACGCUGUGCGUGACGGCUCAGCUCCCUGGAGCAGCGGGAUACUCCGGAGGGAAAAUCAUCUUCAUCGACACGGAGAACACCUUCCGCCCUGAUCGACUGAAGGACAUCGCUGACCGAUUCAACGUGGACCAGGACGCCGUGCUGGACAACGUGCUGUACGCGCGCGCCUACACCAGUAAGAGAGCUCUCCCCUAA